AUGACUAGUCAACUUCCCGCUGAUUGCCUUAACGAAAUUUUUGAAUAUUUAGAGGAAGAUAAAAUUACUUUACACUCAUGUUUAUUAGUUGAUCGUCUUUGGUGCGGAGUUUCGGUCAGGAUCUUGUGGAGGGACGUUUGGACUUUUAAAUACACCAUUCCCAUUCAAUACCGAUUGGAUGUGCCAUCACAAAUUUUCAAUACUUUAAUCGCUUGCCUUCCUAAUGAAUCCAAAGAACUUUUUUAUAAGAAUGGAAUUUUCAUCGCAGCUCAAGCUUGGAAACCUUCAUUGUUUAAUUAUGCAUCGUUUUGUAAAAAUCUUUCGAUUCGUGAAGUGGAUUUAAUGAUUCGUUAUUCCGUUGAAAAGCAACAAUACUCAACUUCACAUAAUUUAAACUUUAACAAAUACUUGGUACUACAGGAGAUUUUAAAGAUGUAUAUGAGUCAAAUUUCAUCCUUAAAAUCUUUGGAUUAUGAUUUAGAAAUUUCAAAAACGGUUCAAAACAUACUUUUCACUUAUUUUCCUGGGGCAAAGGGAUGUUUAGCCAACCUAUCAAUAUUUAGCUGUGAUUCAAACAUUUGUUCCGAGUUUUUUUAUCAAUUAUCACAAAUAUGUCAUAAUAUUCAAGCAUUAACCAUAACGUUUGAAAAUGUCAUUUCAAAUGGUUUGGCGGAUUUAAUUUCUUUGCAAAAGAAUUUACAACACGUCACUUUGAUAGCGGCUUAUGGUGGUGAGAAUGAUUGGACGGAAAUAAUAACUUCCUUGGCCAAAUUUCCUUUAACAAAACUUAAGAUGUUUGGGUAUGAUGCUUAUAUGCCAUUAUCAUUUUUAAGUACUUUCACACAUUUACAAGAAAUUAUUUUAUCAUUUGAUGAUACUGAUAUACUAGAUUUUAAUAAAUUACAAUACGUUAAAUUUCCACAUUUACAGAUUUUAAAAUUUCAAUAUGCUUUCCCAAAGGUUGAAAUGUUGAUAAAAUUCUUGGAAAUCAAUGGAAAGAAUUUGACAGAAUUUUACGUUGGUUAUCAUGACAAUUCAUUAAAUCUAGCUGUAGCUAAAUCUUGUCCGAACCUUAAAAAGCUUUAUUUAAUAUUCAUGAAGAAUGAAAUAGAAACUUUAAAAGUAGUAUUUAAUAGUUGUCAACAUUUAGAAAGUAUUAAGAUAGUUUGCGGUGCCAAAUAUUUAGGUGAGAAAGAAAUGUUGGAUGUAGUUUCAAAAUACUCUCCAAAAAAUUUUUAUGAAUUAAAGGUGGAUAAUUAUACGCAAUCAAAGUUACUCCCGGAAGAGUUGGAAUCAUUUUUUACAAUUUGGAGUGACCGUAUACCACAAAGAUCACUUUCUCUCAUCAUCGUUUUCGUAUUUAAUGAUGAUAUCAGUUUAUACGUAAAUGAUGAGAAUAUGAAAAUAAUCGAGAAAUUUAAAAAGUUAGGCAUUAUUAGGAAACUUGGAACUGAAAGCUUUGAGGAAAUAUAG